CCUUUUUCUCCAGUCUGCUCGGGGCUGUCUGUAGUGCUUUUUAGCCAGUAAAUCUACAGAAUGGGUAAGGAAAAGAUUCAUAUCAACAUCGUGGUCAUUGGCCACGUCGAUUCUGGCAAGUCCACCACCACCGGACACUUGAUCUACAAAUGUGGAGGCAUCGAUAAGAGAACCAUCGAGAAGUUCGAAAAAGAAGCCGCUGAGAAACUGAAGGCCGAGCGUGAGCGUGGUAUCACCAUUGACAUUUCCCUUUGGAAAUUCGAGACCAGCAAAUACUACGUCACCAUCAUUGAUGCCCCCGGACACAGAGACUUCAUCAAGAACAUGAUCACUGGUACUUCUCAGGCUGACUGUGCUGUGUUGAUCGUGGCUGCCGGUGUCGGUGAGUUUGAGGCUGGUAUCUCCAAGAACGGACAGACCCGUGAGCACGCCCUGCUGGCCUACACAUUGGGAGUGAAACAGCUGAUCGUUGGAGUCAACAAGAUGGACUCCACUGAGCCCCCUUACAGCCAGGCUCGUUUUGAGGAAAUCACCAAGGAAGUCAGCGCAUACAUCAAGAAGAUCGGCUACAACCCUGCCACCGUUGCAUUUGUGCCGAUUUCAGGAUGGCACGGUGACAACAUGCUGGAGCCCAGCUCAAAUAUGGGCUGGUUUAAGGGCUGGAAGAUUGAGAGGAAGGAGGGUGGUGCCAAUGGUGUUACGCUUCUGGAGGCCCUGGACUCCAUCCUACCACCCAGCCGGCCCACCGACAAGCCCCUCCGUCUGCCACUGCAGGAUGUGUACAAGAUUGGAGGUAUUGGAACUGUGCCUGUGGGACGUGUUGAGACUGGAACUCUGAAGGCUGGGAUGAUCGUGACCUUUGCCCCUGCUAAUGUAACCACUGAGGUUAAGUCUGUCGAGAUGCACCACGAGUCUCUUACCGAGGCUCUUCCCGGUGACAACGUUGGCUUCAAUGUCAAGAACGUGUCUGUCAAGGACAUCCGUCGUGGUAAUGUGGCUGGAGACAGCAAGAACGACCCACCCAUGGAGGCUGCCAACUUCACAUCUCAGGUCAUCAUCCUGAACCACCCUGGUCAGAUCUCUCAGGGUUACGCCCCAGUGCUGGAUUGCCACACUGCUCACAUCGCCUGCAAGUUUGCUGAGCUCAAGGAGAAGAUCGACCGUCGUUCUGGCAAGAAGCUUGAAGACAACCCCAAGGCUCUCAAAUCUGGAGACGCUGCCAUUAUUCUUAUGAUUCCUGGCAAGCCCAUGUGUGUGGAGAGCUUCUCUCAAUACCCACCACUGGGUCGUUUUGCUGUGCGUGACAUGAGGCAGACCGUGGCUGUCGGCGUCAUCAAGGCUGUGGACAAGAAAGCAUCCAGCGGUGGAAAGGUCACCAAGUCUGCUCAGAAGGCCGCCAAAACCAAAUGAAUCGUCUCAUCAGACACACAGCAAGCCCCAUUGACAUCCUACACUGCAAUGUCUCAGAACCUGAGCACGCUUUUAAAGGACUGGCUUAUGCUGAUAAAAACCCACCGCAAAAGCUUCAGGAGGAAAGGAGGAAAACAUGCAUUUGUAACACGUUAGGAGACUGUUAUUACAAAUAAACUAUGAUCAUCCA